AGUCCUAUUUCUGCUGGGCAUUUAUUGAUUUCAACCCUGAAGUUUCUUGCUUGACUUCAACAUUUCCCUCUCCCUAGGAUAUCUAUACUUUGUCUUCUUUCUUGUCUGUGGAACUGUGUUGCUUUGGAUUGAGUUAUGAAUUUCAGAUGUGCUGAGAUUUGAAAGUGCUUUUUGGACUCUUUAGUUUUGCUGGAGAUUAAUGAUUGGGAUAGCUGUUGUAGUUUGUGUUUAAAGAGAAUGAGAGGGCAUCCAUGUUUUCCAGAUGACUUUAAGUUAAACCCUUUAUGUUUCCCCUGGUAGCACUGUAUCAUUGGUAAUCACGGGCUAUAUAAAUCUACCUAUCUUUAUCUAUAGUAUUACACUGUAGAAGUGUAGUCUAUGUGCCAAGCCCUCCGUUUUUUCGGGAAAAGAAAAAUUCAGGAAAACAAUAAAAACCCACCUCACCUUCGCCUUAAUUUUCGUUCUCUCCCUUCCCCAUGCAUUGCAUCUCGUGUAUCACGCGGGGUGCCUCUUAUAUGGACGUAUGUGCGUGUGUAGACAUGCAUACAGUUAUUUGUUCCUUCCAUAAUUCCAUCACAUUCCAAAUGAUUCCUUGGUGGAAAAUGCAUCUUGCCUUGCACUCGAUUUGUUCAACUGAGCUGCUGGUCAUGAGAUUUUAUAAGUUUACUUCACCAAGGUGUUGACGUACCUUUGUAGCAAUGAUUGUUUCUGCUCUGUUGACAUCUGUUGGAAUAAAUUUUGGCCUUUGUGUUUUAUUCUUCACUCUGUAUUCCAUCCUGAGAAAACAACCAAGUAAUUAUGAUGUAUAUGUGCCACGCUUGUUGGCAAACGGGGAGUCUCAUCGUAGAAGUCACUUUAACUUAGAAAGGCUAAUACCUACUCCUGGGUGGGUCAGAAGGGCAUGGCGGCAUUCUGAAGAGGAAUUACUUGCAUCUUCCGGCUUGGACGCUGUUGUAUUUAUGCGCAUUAUCAUCUUCAGUUUGAGAGUAUUUUGUGUUGCUGGGAUUAUUGGGGUCUUUGUUCUUCUUCCAGUGAACUUCACAGGGGAUUCGCUUCAGGAUGUUGAUUUCGCCAAUCUGACAAAUGAUUCUCUGGAUGUAUUUAGCAUAUCAAACAUAGAGAAUGGUUCAAAAAGGUUAUGGAUUCACUUCUGCGCUGUAUAUAUUGUCAGUAUCUUUGUCUGUUAUCUUCUUUAUAAUGAAUACAGAUAUAUAUCGUCAAAGAGGGCGGAUUACUUCUUAUCGUCACAACCUCAGCCACAUCAGUUUUCCAUUUUGGUUCGCAGUAUCCCUGUCUCUGUUGGGACCAGUAUCAGUGACAGUGUUGAAAGAUUUUUCACAGAAUAUCAUCCUUCUACGUAUCUAUCACAUACUGUUAUUCGCCGCACAAGCAAAAUUCGAAAUCUCAUUAGCGACAUGCAGAAACUGUAUAAAAGGCUUAUCCUCUUACGGACUGAACCAACUAGACCGAAAUAUGAGCGUUAUGGCUUUUGUGGACUGUUCAGGCGCAGGGUUGAUCUUGUAGACCAAUAUGAAAAGAAGUUAGAAGAUUUAGAGGAUAAUUUGAGAUUGGAGCAAUCAGUGAUUUCACUGGCAGGGGAAGAAGUUAGAGCUGCCUUUGUGUCCUUCAAGUCUCGGUUUAGUGCUGCAACUGCUUUCCACAUGCAACAGUCGAACAACCCCACACAUUGGGUUACGGAGCAAGCCCCUGAGCCUCGUGAUGUUUAUUGGCCUUUCUUUUCCACAACAUUCAUGGAAAGAUGGAUUUCUAAACUGAUGGUUAUACUUGCUUGCAUUGUUCUCACAGUUUUAUUCCUCAUUCCUGUUGUGUUCGUGCAAGGGCUUACGAACUUGGAUCAGUUGGAAAUUUGGUUUCCCUUCCUUACAAGCAUUGCAUCAGUAAAAAUCAUAAGUCAGGUAAUUACGGGGUACCUUCCCAGCCUCAUUCUUCUGUUGUUUCUGAAAGUGGUGCCUCCUAUCAUGUGGUACUUGUCCUCCAUUCAAGGACACAUCUCUAAUAGCCAGAUUGAAAGGAGUGCAUGUGACAAAGUACUUUGGUUUACUAUAUGGAAUAUCUUUUUUGGGAACGUGCUUUCAGGGUCAGUUCUCACUCAAAUAUCCAUCUUGCUCGAGCCCAAAAGUAUUCCUGCAAAGCUAGCUCUUACCGUUCCAGCACAGGCGUCCUUUUUUAUUGCUUAUGUUGUCACAUCAGGAUGGACAAGUGUUUCAACAGAACUCUUCCGAAUAAUCCCUUUUUUUGGAAGUCUGAUAACAAAACCAUGCAAAAGUCCAGAUGAUGAAUUUGAAGUUCCGCCUUUUCCUUACUACAGGGACAUUCCAAGGCUUCUUUUCUUUGGACUUCUUGGCAUAACGUAUUUCUUCCUGGCCCCUCUAAUACUACCCUUUCUCUUGAUCUACUUCUGUCUUACGUACAUCAUUUAUCGUAACCAGUUCAUUAACGUAUAUGAACCCAAGUAUGAAACAGCUGGGAAGCAUUGGCCUUUAGUCCACAAUUCAAUGAUCUUUUCCCUGGUACUGAUGCAUGCUAUUGCAAUUGGAAUCUUUACACUGAAGAAGCUUCCUGAGGCAACAACCUUUAUUGUUCCUCUUCCGAUCCUCACGCUUCUCUUUAAUGAAUAUUGCCGAAAACGCUUUCUACCCAAUUUCACUGCCUAUUCUGCAGAGUGCCUGGUAAAGAAGGACAGAGAAGACCACGAUGAUGAUGCAAUGGCCGAAUUUUUUGAGAAGAUGGCAACUGCGUACCAGGAUCCAGCUCUGUUGCCAGUCCAGUUCUCCGUAAACCAUGACAGCCAUAGCGCUCCCCUACUAUCUUCUCCUGACGGUUGAGGCGGAGAGAUCCGGACGUCAGUAUCACAUCGAGCUCACUUUUAUAGUGGCUGUGUUUUAUAGCGUUCAUAUUUGAUGCUUGAUUUUUUCCAUGCAUCCAUAUAGAACAAUUUUGUUUAAUGAAAGUAGGCUUCUUUGUAUUUGUUACCGCACCUGUACAUGAUCAUGCACAUCAUUCAUAAGCUGUGUUUGUUCAUUUUUGACAUCCCCCUGUUGGCUGUGAGUAUCCCACCUGCUGAUGUGCGUAGUGUAACCGUGGGCUAUAAGGUUUUUGGUUAUCUGCAUUAACCGUCAACUGUUUGUUAUGGACAUUAAAUAGUUUCCAUUUGUUU